UCCACUCAAAGUCGCAGUCCCCGAUUUUUUUACUAUAUUUUUAACUACGUUCAAGAUGAAGCUCUAUAUUUUUGUUUUUGUGGCAGUUGUUUCCGUAUUCUCAGAAUGCCAUGCUGGAAAGGCCGCAGAGAAAGAAUACAAAACUGAUGAAGCAUUAUCAACAUUUUUUGGUAUAAAACCUGACGCUAUGAAGAAACCAUGCAAGAAAGGUGGUAAAAGCUACCAAGAUAAGCUGAACAACGCAUCAGAUAAACUUGGAAAACUUCAAAGUUCUUUAGUAUCAGGCCAUGAACCGGCAUUUAAUGAUUACGAGUUCCCGAAAGCUGUUAUCACAGAAGCAAUACCAUGCGCUUCGAGUGAUGAAUUUAACAACGCUCUUAAUUACUAUAAAAAUAAAUCACCGAAGCAGGACCCUCCCCCAAAACAUUGAUGCGGAUCCAGAGAACUAAAGGACAAUACACAU